UGUGUCCUUUGAUGUUCUGGGAGUAAAGACCUCCUGUUGUGUGUGUGUGUUGAGCAGUUGUGUGUUCCACCUACACACACACUACACUGGAGUUGUCUGGUGUGGUGAAGUGCAGCACGGGACGCUCUGCACUCGCUUACAUCAUGUACGGGUGUUACUGCGGAGUAGGAGGGGAGGGGUGGCCCCGAGACCCUGCUGACUGGUGCUGUCACAAACAUGACUGCUGCUACGCCAAGGCUGAGGAUCAGGGCUGUUACACCAAGACACACACAUACCCAUGGAGCUGUGACAGCCAGCCACUGGAGUGUGGCUCUCUUACAGACCGCUGUGAGAAGAUGUUGUGUGUUUGUGAUCGAGAAGCAGCGAAGUGCCUGAAAAAAGCACCGUAUAACCUGAAAUACGUCGCAUGGCCCGACUUCCUGUGUGGACCAGAGCUACCCACAUGUGCUUACUACUGACACCCACCCACACACACACCCACACCCCCCCCCCCCAACACACACACACAACCACCCAUCCAUCCACCCCCCACACCCACACACAGAGUCCCUGGAGUCGUUCAGAGACUCAGGAGCUACACCUGGAGGACCUCUGAGUGUCUGAGCUGACCGUGUGGUGAAGUGACCCUUCACUCCUCAUGAUGCUAAUCUGGGUUCUUAGCUACAUUAGCUUCAGAGAAAAAAGUAAAGCAGAUUUUGUUUGUUAUUUAUAAUGAAAUCAUCAGUUUAACACCAGAAUU